GCUCGGGCAGGUGCGCGGAGUGGGGAGCGCCCGGCAGACCCCAGCCCUGACAUCCGGAGCUCGGGCAGGUGCGCGGAGUGGGGGGCGUCCGGCAGACCCCAGCCCUGACAUCCGGAGCUCGGGCAGGUGCGCGGAGUGGGGGGCGUCCGGCAGACCCCAGCCCUGACAUCCGGAGCUCGGGCAGGUGCGCGGAGUGGGGGGCGUCCGGCAGACCCCAGCCCUGACAUCCGGAGCUCGGGCAGGUGCGCGGAGUGGGGGGCGUCCGGCAGACCCCAGCCCUGACAUCCGGAGCUCGGGCAGGUGCGCGGAGUGGGGGGCGUCCGGCAGACCCCAGCCCUGACAUCCGGAGCUCGGGCAGGUACGCGGAGUGGGGGGCGUCCGGCAGACCCCAGCCCUGACAUCCGGAGCUCGGGCAGGUGCGCGGAGUGGGGAGCGCCCGGCAGACCCCAGCCCUGACAUCCGGAGCUCGGGCAGGUGCGCGGAGUGGGGGGCGCCCGGCAGACCCCAGCCCUGACAUCCGGAGCUCGGGCAGGUGCGCGGAGUGGGGGGCGUCCGGCAGACCCCAGCCCUGACAUCCGGAGCUCGGGCAGGUGCGCGGAGUGGGGGGCGUCCGGCAGACCCCAGCCCUGACAUCCGGAGCUCGGGCAGGUGCGCGGAGUGGGGGGCGUCCGGCAGACCCCAGCCCUGACAUCCGGAGCUUGGGCAGGUGCGCGGAGUGGGGAGCGUCCGGCAGACCCCAGCCCUGACAUCCGGAGCUCGGGCAGGUGCGCGGAGUGGGGAGCGCCCGGCAGACCCCAGCCCUGACAUCCGGAGCUCGGGCAGGUGCGCGGAGUGGGGGGCGUCCGGCAGACCUCAGCCCUGACAUCCGGAGCUCGGGCAGGUGCGCGGAGUGGGGGGCGUCCGGCAGACCCCAGCCCUGACAUCCGGAGCUCGGGCAGGUGCGUGGAGUGGGGAGCACCCAGCCAACCCCAGUGGGGAUGCAUGACAAGUGCACUGGUAAGGGGAUGGGUCCCAGGUAGUCACCGUCACACGUGUAGGAAAGGCCGGGAGCCUCUGGGAGGAGCUGGAGAGGAGAUGGUGCGGAACUGAGUCAAGGAGAAGGCGGAAUUGGCACCCCAGGCCACAGCCCCGAGUGCACCCAGAACCAGGGGGCGAGGGGGCCACGGAGGCACAGAGGAGAGCUUGGAUGGGAGCCCCAGGGCCAAAGAGACGUCUGCGCUCCUGCUUCCCGCCCACUUGACACGACCCCAAGAAAAACAGGAGUGGGAUUGGCCGCAAGGGCUGAUUCUCGUGUCGGGUUCCCACAGGGGCCGGCAGAGCACACGAGCCUGGGCAGCGUUCCUUGGCAGGCGUGGGGGCCGUCUCCGGUGGCAUAAUGGGCAGUUUGCAGAAGUCAUUGACUUGUCUGACAGGUCGAGUGACAGAGUGAGGAAGAAAUCCCCCACCCACCUGUUGACUCUCCCAAUGCCCACAACAGCCAGGGCUGGGCCAGGCCAAAGAGGAGCCAGGAACCCCAUCCAGGUCUCCCAUGUGGGUGCAGGGACCCACGACCUUGAGCCAUCUUCUGCUGCUUUCCCAGACGUAUUCGCAGGGAGCUGCGGAGCAGCCACCGGACUGGCACCUGUACAGGGCGCUGGCCUCGGAAGCAGCAGCCUCUCUCGCUGCACCACAGCGCCGCCCCAUUUCAGGUUGGCGUCUGCAGGAGGCUGGAGCUGGGAACCCACCCCAGGCACUGAUGUGGGACGCGGGCCUCCACCCCCAGGCCACACACCCCUCCUGCUCCCCAGUGUCUUCGCCUUGGGUUGGGCUCCUGCCCCUGGAGAGGUCGGUGCUGCGGCCGAGAUGCCCACCCAGCUGGAGAUGGCCAUGGACACCAUGAUCAGGAUCUUCCACCGGUACUCGUGCAAGGAAGGAGACAGAUUCAAGCUGAGCAAGCGGGAGCUGAAGCUGCUGCUGCAGCGCGAGCUCACGGAGUUCCUGUCGUGCCAGAAGGACCCCCAGUUGGUUGACAAGAUCAUGCACGACCUGGAUGCCAACAAGGACAACGAAGUGGACUUCAACGAAUUCGUGGUCAUGGUGGCAGCCCUGACUGUGGCUUGUAACGAUUACUUUGUAGAGCAGCUGAAGAAGAAAGAAAGAGAGCGUCACGAGAAGUUAGCUACUUGGAAAUGAGGCCGGCACCAGGCAAAUGUCUGAGACAGAUGCUGUCAUCGUAAGUUAUAUUCUAAACGUCCGCCCUGUUGCCGAGUGCCCUGGCGCUCUGUGGUCCUCCUUCCCGUGGGGCAGCGGGUGCGGCUGAGCGCAGGAUGGCAGAGCAGUCACGGAGUGGGCCAGGCUGGGGAGGGGCAGGCUCAUGGCCAGGAGCUGAUGCCGGAAACACAGGGCCCUGGGUCUGAACAGCCUCCCUUCUGCAGAGGAGAAUUCCCAACAAGCCGUCCUGCCGUCACCUGGAGCUUCCCUCUGGAAGGCUCAGCAGCCCCAGGGCCCCCUUCGCUGCCUUGUCUCCCCACACAGCCCCUGCUUCCUGCCCCUCGCAAAUAAAUGACUUGCUUGUGAAUCCUUGUCUCAGGGUCUG